GGCCUUGGAAGAACACUUCAGGGAUGAUGACGAAGGACCAGUUUCCAAUCAGGGUUACAUGCCUUAUUUAAACAAAUUCAUCUUGGAAAAGGUAAGUUUUGGAUUCUUGGGUUCUGUUUUUCCCUUUAUCAUUUUUUUUUAGUGUCUUUUCUUAGCGUGCCAUCCUUAUAGCAGGCCUUUGCUUGCAGGAAAUGUGCUGGUGUGAAGGCAUUGGGCUGUGAGUGUCUCUGCAGGGUUGUUUUGGGGCAGUGCUCUGGAGUGUCUGUGCCUUAAAAUGGAAGGGUAUGCUCUGCUUGACUUCAUUUUUCUCUCCUUGCUUUCCAUUUCCUAUUAUAUCUGGUUGUUCUCUAUGCUGUCCCUGUGCAGAAAUGUGUUCAUAUUAAUAAUACAGCACAGUGUAAAAUUAUUUGGAAGUGUUCAGAGCUAUAGGUUGUCCCACUCCAUACUGUGGUUACAAAAGAACAUUGCCAUAGACUCAUCUGCAUAACAGGACAGGAAAAAUAUCUUUACUGUCCAUUAAUGAAAAAUCUUAAUAAAUAGAUCCCAUCCAGUAUUUGUGGUGGGGAAUGUCAGGGAGUGCUGCUAAGUUUUGCCUUGCGAGUUCUUUCCCUUGGUGGUGUUGGAGUGCUCUUGAGAGUUUUGUGGUUGCAUGUUUGGUGUUUUGGGGGACGCUCUGGAAAGCCAGCAGGGUUUCCCCCAUGCUGCUCUCCAUCUUAUUCCAAGCAGAGGCAGGCGCUGGGCCAGAGCUGGUCUCUGAGGGCUGUGUGUGUCAGGUUUAGGUUGAAAUUUCUGGUUGGGAGACUGGUCUAGGCAGUAUACGCAUAUUUACUUCAAUACCACUGAUUUCUCUUGGAGGCUGACCCCAAAACCUUCAAACUUUGAUUUGUGGCUGCACAGAUACACAGAUAGUUGCUUUCUUUUAAAACGUCAAGUCCUAAAGUGACCUCCUGCUGGAAAGUCACCCAUGUGACAGUUGCAGAUUAUGCAAGCUCCUUAGCCACGUUUUGAUGACUUCUGCUGCUGCUUUAAUCUACGUUUAAUACUGGUGGAAAAUGUGAUACGUGGCUGAGAUGCAGUCCAACAACUUGGAAACAAGAAAAGCUUCGUAUAUCUGGCUGAGCUCUGCGUCUCAAGUCUGUCUGUCUCCUACCCAGUGACAGAGCCCUGCUCCCUGUGUGGGAGUUGCUGGCCACAGAUACUCUCUAACAGUACCCACGUGCUGUCUUGGCUACUUGCUGUGGGAGAAUCUCCCUUCGUCCCUAGGAAGGUUAUCAUUUCAUUUCCACUUAGUGUUGGCUGUCUGAGCUCCUGUGAGGUUCAACAGAGACCGAGCAGCUUGUACACAGGUUGAAAUAAGAGCCCUGAUUUUUUUCUGAGUGAAGAAUUAUAGCUGUAGAGUCUGAAGUCCGGGUUUGUUGUUAGUAGCAUUUGUAGGCAGUAGCAAGCCACUGAGUCAAAGAAAGAAGAGUGGCAGAAGGCUUUUUCAAAUGUAACCGUGCUUUAUUAUUAAAGGGUGUAUAGGGAGAAGAGUUAUGGAAUUGAGCAGCAAUGCAUUUAUUAAUUAACACUUCAAUUUGUAAAUGAAAGACCUGGCUACCUAAACCUGUUGGUGUGAAGUUACAGCAUGUAGCUACUCUGGGGAACCUUCUUAUCCCCUGGCAAAAGCAAAGGACAAGCUCUCUUGCUUUCUUGUGGAAAGAAAGAGCACAGCUGUGUGUUUCCUGUGUUGCUUUCGUUUAUAUGCUGCUCUGGCUUCUGAUAAUUGCAGGAUAUACCCAUACCAUUGGUUUCUCUUAACAGCUAACAGAAAAUGUUAAGGAACAGGAUUAAAUAGUCUCUAAAUUCACAUUACUCUUGCUGAGUAAAUGUCUCUUCAGAGUUUAGACAUCUAAUAUUGAAAAUCAGGGAAAGUCUUUGGACAAAAGGCCACCUUUGUGACUGAUUGUGACAUCUCAUCUUUCAGAGAUGACCACGUCAGUGCCAAAAGACAGCACACAGUGGGAUGAAGUCACCGAUUCAUGGCACGUCUCCUUUGUUUAAAACAAACCAAAAAGAGCAAACAAGAAACUCCUUUUUUUCAUUCUUCUAAGGCAUAGCCUGUUCUUGAUGAGGUGAUCACAGUACAGAUGUCAUGAAUUCAUACUAAGCAAAGCUGCUAAAGAGGGACCGGUACUUUAUACCCCCAGCUCCAGAGAAAGCUCUCUCAAUUUCUGGUCGUAUUUUCUGGCAGAUUAAUUGUUUUGAGCGAGAUCAGACAAGAAAACUUCCUGAUCUCAAGACAUUUGUUUUGUUUGUGUCCUUAAACACACAUAGGCGUUGCUUUUUAUGACUUGUUUUUCUUUUAGCCAUCAGUUCCUCCUGCUUGGAGUGUUUCUAUGUUUGCAUUUUGUUAAUUAAGCUAGAGGUACUUUUGUGAAUGAGUUGAAAUAUAACUGUAGAAACUGUUUGAGUAUUUUCAGUUUUGGAAGCAGUGCUUAGGAAUGAUCUCUCUUACAUCCCAUUCAGAGAUGCAGUCAUUCAGAGUAAUUAUUACUUCAGAGUAAUUGUUAUGCAGUAACCUGGACUGGAACGCUGGCAGCGAAGGAAGCCAAAGUAGCACAGUGCAGAGUUCUGUAGCAGGGACCUAACUCUACAGUUGAUCUGGUUUGGGUUGUGGCUUUUUUCCUUGCUUCCUCCACAGCCAUGCACAAAUGUACUUCAAGAGUGUUCAAGGGAACUUUGAUAAAGUUGAAUUCAACAGAAUGUGUUGGACUCUGUGUGCUAAAAAGAACCUCUCGAAAAGUCCUUUGCUGAUCAGUGAUGAAGAUGCAUUUAAAGUGUGGGUUAUUUUUAACUUCUUAUCAGAGGACAAGUACCCUUUAAUCAUUGUACCUGAGGAGAUUGAAUACUUGCUUAAAAAGCUGACGGAAGCAAUGGGAGCGGGUUGGCAGCAGGAGCAGUUUGACCUCUACAAGAUUGCCCUCAACACCAGCCGGGAGGGUCUCUCUGCGUGGGAGCUGAUCGAUCUCAUCGGGAGCGGGCAGUUCAGUAAGGGCAUGGACCGCCAGACCGUGUCCAUGGCCAUUAAUGAAGUCUUUAACGAGCUCAUAUUGGAUGUACUCAAACAGGGUUAUAUGCUGAAGAAAGGUCACAAAAGGAAAAACUGGACGGAACGAUGGUUUGUACUAAAACCCAAUAUUAUUUCCUACUAUGUAAGUGAAGACCUAAAGGACAAGAAGGGAGACAUCAUACUGGACGGCAACUGUUGUGUAGAGCCCUUGCCUGACAAAGAUGGAAAGAAAUGCCUCUUUCUCAUAAAGUGCCUUGAUAAAAGCUUUGAGAUCAGUGCCUCUGAUAAAAAGAAGAAACAAGAGUGGAUUCAAGCCAUACAGACCACCGUGAGCCUGCUGCGAGCGGGGAGCCCUCCGCCCCACAAAGAAGCACGCCAGAAACGGAAAGAACUGCGCCAGAAGCUGCUGGCUGAGCAGGAGGAGUUGGAGAGGCAGAUGAAGGAACUGCAGACUGCCAACGAGAACAAGCAGAAGGAGCUGGAGACUGUGAGAAAGCAACUGGAAGCAGCAGCUGCCCGUGCUGCUGAGGAGGAGAAGAAAAGGCUUCAGACCCAAGUUGAGUUGCAGGAUCGCUUCAGUCUGGAGCUGGAGAGAGAGAAAAUGGUGAGACAGAAAAUGGAAGAGCAAGUUGCUCAGAAAUCGUCUGAACUGGAACAGUAUUUACAGAGAGUACGUGAACUGGAAGAGAUGUAUAAGCAGCUCCAGGAAGCUUUGGAGGUUGAGAAACAGGCGCGUCAGGAUGAAGAGACCGUAAGGAAACUUCAAGCCAGAUUACUGGAAGAGGAGUCGGCAAAGAGAGCUGAACUGGAAAAAUGGCACUUGCAGCAGCAACAGACCAUUCAGAUGACAGAAGCAGAGAAGCAGGAGCUAGAAAACCAGAGAAUGAUAAAGGAACAGGCUCUUCAGGUUGCUAUGCAGCAACUGGAGCAGCUUGAACUGGAAAGGAAAGAGGCCCUUGAGCAAUAUGAGGAGGUUAAAAAGAAGUUGGAAACGGCAGCUAAUAACACCAGGAGCUGGAAAGACAAAGUAGCUCACCAUGAGGGAUUAAUUCGACUAAUAGAGCCAGGCUCCAAGAAUCCGCACCUCAUCACAAACUGGGGCCCGGCAGCCUUCACUGAAGCUGAACUGGAGCAAAGGCAGAAGAGCUGGAAAGGGAAAAAAGCCUCUUCUGAGUAAUGAUGAUAGCUGACACACUGUGAACAGGAGUCCACCUUUGUUCACUCUGCUUUGCACAGAACAGCUUAUUGCUCUUUUGAAGAUGCUAGUUUACUCAGCAGGGGGGCCUUUCGACAAAGGAAAUGCUGUUUACCACGCAGAAGUGUCUACUAAGAGCUCAGUAACUACACCACUAUGUGCUGUCUGGCAGUACUUGCUGUUUUCCUUCACCUUAACAGAUAUUCUGUUCCUUUAUGCAAGACUUUCCUACUGAAGAUUUUUAUUUAAGUGUAGCCUGUGACACAGUUGUUUCUAUAUUAGCCUGUAACAAACAGGCAGCAUCUAACCCCUCAGACACCAUCACUCAUUUCAAAAAGCAAGGGAAGCAAUUGCUAUACUGGCUCAAUUAGUAUAACAUAAACCUGGGAUAAGUCAAUCCUGUGGACUCUGUCCAGAGCAUUACCUUUCCUUCCUUUUAGGCUCCUUUUGCUUCUUCCUCUGUCUGCCUGUUGCUCUUCACAGGGCUGGCUUCAUCCCUGGGUGCCCGCUGCCUCUGGUUCCUGGCUCCUCUGAUCUGUGUGUCCUCUGCAGGAAUGCACAUAAAAGCAUUGGAAACAGGCAUGUGCAAAAUGCUGCUGUAGAACUUUUAGGAAAAGCAGUCAUGCAAAAUUGAUGGUGUCACUGCCUCAUACCUGAGAAUGGCUUAAAAAAAGAAUUUAAGAACUUAGAAAACCAUAAUGCACUCUGCUUGUGGUUUAAAAGAUGCUCACUUCUGGCUUACAGAUUUCUCUGGAGCGCAUGAAUGGAGCAUGAUGACACAUAGAGAUGAAAUAUCUGCAUCACACCUACAUUUAUGCAAGACGUUUGUUGAUGCAAUGACCAGUCCUAUAGUUUUCUUCAUUCUUCAUUAGAGGCCAGACUAGAAAAAUGGAAGAUGAAAACUAAAUUUGGCAUUUUUAGUUGACAUAAAAACGAUGAGUCAGUCGCAGUACUGCUACAGAACAAAAUAAUUCCUGUCCAUCCAUUCAGCCUGACCAGUAAUGAAGAUCUGCCAUAGAGCCUUAAGUUCCUCUGCAGAGGACCAGAGAUGGAUUUCUGUUUCUGCAGGGAAGGAACAAGUGGGUGAUGUUGCCCAGUAGCUCGCCCACACCAGACUGAGGUCUAACUGGAGUCACAGUUCUACAGGCAUUCUGAGCAGUCCUGCCCUGUGAAGAGCGGCUGCCCACUGGUGUGGUUUGUUAAUCAGCUCUGACUUUUGCACGUACAGCAAACACAGCAGGUUUUCAUUCAGUUGCCUGUGUUCAGUUACCUUUAUCAAAUAAGAUGCGGUUUCAGCUGGAUAAGCAGUGCCUUUGGACACAGCACUGUGCUGCUCAGCUCUCAGAAGGGCAGAUGCUGUACAGACAGAUGUUCAGAUUCAGCUCUCAAUAGCAUUUUCAUUGCCUGUUAACUAGGACUCACUCCAAUACUGAAAUCUUUGCAGACAUUUACUCUUUGAUUAUAUUUUUUUAUACUAAUUGAAAUCUUCUAAUGUUUUGGUAAAUGGAAUGCUGAUUAAAAUGGAAGGAAAAUCCGGGAUUGUCCUAUUUGUAUUUACUGUACAGAAAAGCACUAGUUUCUUAAGCUUGCUAACAGGGCAGUUUUAUAUUGAUCGUGUUUACAGAAAAAAUGUGAAAAAAAAACCAGUAAUGGAAAUACUAAUGUAUACAUUGUUAAACUUUUGCUAGAUGAAAAGGAACAGUAUUUAUAACUGCCCAGCACCUCUCACGGGGAGCAGAAGGUAUGCAUACACUUUCUGGGGCCAAACUUGUUAAUUUUUCUAACAGUCUUUGUUUUGGACAGAUGUUGUGGGUUUUUUAAGAACACCAAAAGAUGCAUGUUUUCCUAUUUUUUACUGUUCUUUAGAAUUGGCUAUUUAAUAAAGUAAUAAACAUCAGUUACAUUUCAGAACGCA